CGCAUCACCUCGCUGGCCGCCGUGCCUGGUUCUCUGAGCAGGGCUCGGACGUGGCUUCCAAGGCUGGUCGCUAGAGGGCGCGCUAACCAGGCUGUCUCAGGCCCUGCGGAAUGUACCAUUCCCGAUCCUCCCCCCAGCGGCUCUGGGACAUUCCAGGGUUGGGCUCCCCCCCCCUCCCCGCGUGGCAGUUGGUUUGCGCGGCGGCCCGGUCGGGCGGUGGGGGGAUGGCGGCGGCGGCGGCGGCCGGCGCCUCUGGGAGCGGGAUGGCGCAGAAGAGCUGGGAACUGGCCAACAACAUGCAGGAGGCGCAGAGCAUCGACGAGAUUUACAAAUACGACCGCAAGCAGCAGCAGGAGAUCCUGGCGGCCAAGCCCUGGACCAAGGACAACCACUACUUCAGAUACUGCAAGAUCUCCGCCCUGGCCCUGCUGAAGAUGGUCAUGCAUGCCCGGUCUGGGGGCAAUCUGGAAGUGAUGGGGCUGAUGCUUGGGAAAGUGGAUGGGGAAACUAUGAUUAUCAUGGACAGCUUUGCUUUACCGGUAGAAGGCACUGAAACUCGAGUCAAUGCUCAGGCUGCUGCAUAUGAAUAUAUGGCUGCGUACAUAGAAAAUGCAAAACAGGUUGGUCGUCUAGAAAAUGCAAUUGGCUGGUACCACAGCCACCCUGGCUAUGGCUGCUGGCUUUCAGGGAUUGAUGUCAGUACUCAGAUGCUUAAUCAGCAAUUUCAGGAACCAUUUGUGGCUGUGGUUAUUGAUCCAACAAGAACAAUAUCUGCAGGAAAAGUAAAUCUUGGAGCUUUUAGAACAUAUCCCAAGGGCUUUAAGCCUCCAGAUGAAGGGCCUUCAGAAUACCAGACUAUUCCACUUAAUAAAAUAGAAGACUUUGGUGUGCACUGUAAACAGUAUUAUGCUUUAGAGGUCUCCUACUUCAAAUCAUCUUUGGAUCGUAAAUUACUUGAACUAUUGUGGAACAAAUAUUGGGUGAACACACUCAGUUCUUCUAGUUUGCUUACUAAUGCUGACUACACAACUGGCCAAGUCUUUGAUUUGUCUGAAAAAUUAGAACAGUCAGAAGCCCAGCUGGGCCGAGGGAGUUUCAUGUUGGGUUUAGAGACGCAUGACAGAAAAUCAGAAGACAAACUUGCUAAAGCAACAAGGGACAGUUGCAAGACCACCAUAGAAGCUAUACAUGGAUUGAUGUCUCAGGUUAUUAAGGAUAAACUGUUUAAUCAAAUUAAUAUUGCUUGAAGUGCAUCACCAGCUGAUACGCAUCUCCGAGGCUGAAAAAGUCAUGGUUAUUUCUUUCUUUUGGACAUGUUCACUUUUGGAAUUAAAGUAAGAAUGGAUAAUUAUUCAGUUAAUUUGUAGUACUUUCAUCUUUUCCACCUUUUUGCCCAGUUUUAAAGAACAGAUUGUUCUGAAAUUUAUUGUAAACUCUGUUCUCUAUCAUAAAACACAACCAUUUUGGAUAAUUGUUUCAGAAGAAAAGUAAAUGUGACUGUUAUUAGAUGCUUCUCUUUAGUAUUUAUAUCUGUUAUCAAUCUGCAAUAAGAAAAAUAAAAAUGAGCAAGUGAUUUUUUUUGUAAACACUUAUUUCUAGCAUUUCAUUAUUUUCUGCCGUUUCCCCGGAACAAUUCUUCUAAUUCAUCUAGUUUAGAGAGAUAAUAAAGCUAAUUUUAAGAAAUUCUGUUUUUGUUAAGAACAUAAUUUUAAUAUGCUUUCCCAACUCUUCUUUUAAUUUUAAAACCUUGAAUCCCUUUAGGUUAGUUUUUUAAGCAAAAUUCUAAUUGAAACAUUAAUUGCUUAUUUUUGCAGAUUGACUCAAUGGGGGUCUAUUUUCAUUCAUUUAUUGUAAGAAUAUCUUGCAGCCAUGCAGUGGAAUUUAUUUGCUAAUACCCUAUUGUGUUUCAUAGAAAAAGAGUGGCAAAUGAAUGGAAGCCAGGGGAGUGAUAGAAUUAUUAGUACACAAUGCCCUAAUGUCAUCCAAAUACGAUUAGAGAAUAGAAAAUAAAAUAAAUGUGGUUAUUCUUUACAUACAACUCAGCAGUUAUGAAAGAACAAUAAUUCACUGUUUGAAAUACCUGAUGUAACUCUAUUACAGUAUAUGUGUAUAAUACAUUAACCUCCUUAUGAACAAGAAGAUUGUGGCAAACAAAAUGUGUAUGCUAAAACUAAAAUAAACAUCCAGAGAAAGAUGUGCAGUUGAAAUAUUAGUCUUCUGUGAAGUUUUUCUUUU